UUGGCAACAACAACAAAAUGUAAAAAGACGGAACUUGUUGCAAAAAUCGCCUAAAUUGUUUAAAAAACUAAAAAGGGCACACAAAGGACAAGCAAUAUAAAGUGUUGCAGUAGUUAGUAGAGGCUCAGAAAACUAAAUGCGCAUUAAAAUGGAUUAUGAAGUGCCCGAGCAACAAAAACAGCAGCAACACCAACAGCUACAGCAACAACAACAGCAGCAAAAACAGCAGCAGCAGCAAAAACAACAACAAAGCGCCAACAAGUUGUAUGCGAGAAAGCCACAGACGUCGCACCACCAGCAGCAGCAAGAAAGCAGCGACGAUGAUGAUUUGAGCAGCGCCGAGCGCAAGAAUCUGGAAUUUGCACAAAAAUUGGGCUACAGCGAACAGUCUAUACACACGGCGCUCACACGCCUCGGCUCAGAGGCUAAACAAAAUGAGCUGCUGGCGGAACUGAUCAAACUGACCGCAGAUGCACCACGGCCAGCACCAUCCAACAGCAGCAGCAACAACAACAGCAACCAUGUGCCACCCGCCAGCAGCGGCAGCAGUUCGCUGCGCCACAUCGUCAUUGAUGGCAGCAAUGUGGCGUUGUCGCAUGGUAACAACACCAUCUUCAGCUGUCGCGGUAUACGCAUUUGUGUUGAGUGGUUUCGGCAGCGCGGCCAUAGUCACAUAACAGCAUUUGUGCCCAACUGGCGCAAGGAGCUGGCGAACAACAAUAUAACCGAACAGGAGCUGCUCUAUGAGCUGGAGCAUGAGCGCGUUCUGGUCUUUACACCAUCUCGGCAUUUGGAUGGUAAGCGCGUCUCCUGCUACGAUGAUCGCUUCAUACUCAAACUGGCGGUGGAAACGGAUGGCAUUGUGGUGUCCAAUGAUAAUUAUCGCGAUCUGCUGCUGGAGAGCAACGAGUUCCGCAAAGUGGUUCAGGAACGCCUGCUAAUGUACUCAUUUGUAGAUGACAUAUUUAUGCCGCCCGACGAUCCGCUGGGUCGCGCUGGCCCCACCUUGGAUAUGUUUUUGCGCACACAGACCCAGCAGAAGAUGACGGAUGCACAGCAGCAAUUGUGUCCAUAUGGCAAAAAAUGCACUUACGGUCAGAAGUGCAAGUUUCGACAUCAAACGGCACAGCUGCAGCUGCAGCGUCUGCCGCUCCAGGUCUCGCACAGUGCUCCACUGCACAGCAACGGCGGGCAGCAAUUGCUGGCUAACAGCAACAGUAGCAACAAUGCCAAGCUGGCGGCGCUGGCACGCACCAAAUCAAAUACAAUAGAAAAAAUCUCGCAACAGCAGCAGCAGCAGCAGCAGCAGCAACAACAGCUCUGUCAUUCCUUCACCAGCCAGCUGGAGCUGGGCAGCAAUAAUUGCGAUGUGGAGCCGGCACAGCAGCUGAAUCGCCACAAAAAGCUGCAACGGCAGGCGCCGCCGCCUACCUAUCGACUGCUGGUGCCCACAUACAGCGCGCCACAACAGCCGGCGCUAGGCAACAACAACUAUCAACAUCAGUAUCUGACGCGGACACCAUCCGCACCGUUAACGGACCAACAUCAGGCCGCCAAGUUGUCGCCAUCGCUGUCAAUGCCCGCACAUAAUCUAGCCCAUCUGUCCGCCUCCGAUUCGCGUAUCAACGAGGAGCUACACACGUCGCAGACAACACGCGAGGAACAGCGUCGUCUGUUGCGCUACCAUUUAGGCAGCCUGUUUCCGCAGCAUCAGGUGCAUGCGGUGCUGCAACUAUAUCCCGAAGAGACCGACGCCAAGACCAUCUGUGCAGCAAUACUUAAUUUAUUUCCGCAUAAUUAGACUAAAACUUAGGCUAGACGCA